AAAAUGAGUAAUGUCUAAUUUCCAUAAAUUCUUCUCUUUAACUGCAUGGUGAGUAAAUAUAUCAUGAAGAAGACACUCCAGUAGAUCGUCAAGAAGCUAGAGAACAUUUUAUGUUGAGUGAAAGUAUUUUUGGAUUAUUGUUUGUUUGAUCCAGAGAUUGUCCAGAAGCAGAUGUUGUUUGAGAACUUUGUGAUGUUAAAGUUUUUCCUCUCCACUUUGGCAACAGGCAUGUUUCUCUGCUCAAUUGCAAGCAUGCUUCAAGGACAUGGUGGAGCUGUUGAAAAUACCUUGAUCUACUAUUCUGCUAAUCUGAUUGAUCAAUCCUACUUGUGUGGCAUUCUUGGAGGGAUGUUUAUGGGAGCUGGUGUGGCAUGUGCUGGUGCUUGUCCUGUUUCUAUGUUUGUUCAACUGGGUUCAGGUGUACCCCAUGCUCUUUAUGUAUUCCUUGGGGCUUACUGUGGCACAGUUUUAUAUGAUGUUAUUCCUCCUCUUGCUGCUAAAAGUAAAACAUCCAGACAAACUUAUUUACAUUACUCUAUGUCGACACCUUACUUCAAUGUGGCAAUGCCUUUAGCUGUAAUCCUGGCGACUGUAACAUUUUUCUUAGAGCUUGAUAAGUCUUGGCGGAAUGAAUAUUUGGUUAGAUUUGGUGUUGGAAGCUGGUUAUUUGCUCCAGUUUGGUCUCCAUAUCUCAUUGGAAUUUCAACUGCCAUUUUGCAACUAAUUCUUAUAGGAUGUUUUAACAAAGUUAUCACAAACAGUGAAGUUUUUACUGUUAUCAAUAAAACAUUGAUGAGUAUUUUUAAAAAAGGAAAACUUCCAUCAAAGUCUUCUAAAAUUUCAACUGAGUACUUCUGGAUAUUUUUUAGUCUUGGAGUAAUACUUGGAGCUUACUUUUCAUCAUUUCAUUCAUAUAAUUAUGAAUAUAGUCAAGUUACAAGAAACCAAGCCUUUGUUGGUGGUGUUCUAGUAUCUUGGGGAUCAAAGAUGGCUGCAGGAUGUUACAUUGGUCAUGGCAUAUCUGGUAUAAUGCUUCUCUCCAAAUUAUCAUUUGCCGUUGUUCCAGCUCUGUGGGCUGGUGGUUUUAUUGCCACAUCACUUCUACAAUAUUUUUAACAUCAGCCAUCAAUCUUUAUUCUGAAUAAUAAUUGACUGUUGAAUUUUUUCUGUUUUUCAAUUUUGGACAUUCAACUCACCUUACUGUGAUACCUUUAUGCAUUGUUUAGGGUAUGGGCUUAGAACAAUUCUCUUAUCAGUGCAAUGUUGGAAAAAACAUACAUAAUUGCUGAUAUUCAUUUAUUCAAAUAACAUUAUUUCCCCCAAGUAAAAAACAAUAUUCUGGUUCUUCAUAAUAUAAUCUCCCCAAACACGUUUCAUGUAUAACAAAGCAUAUAUGAAUGUGUGUGUGUAGUGUGUCUUUUGCUGUGUGAGGAAAAUGAAAGCUUGUAUAUCAUCUUUACCUAUUCAUGUUUUGAGCCAUAUCACUUGUUGCAGAAACCCUUGAGAAAGGAAUGAGCUGCUUGCAAUCCCAUUUCUCUUUCCUAUAACAAUGAAAUCAUAUAGCUGUGUAAAUAUGAUUACACUUUGCAGGACAGAACUAUAGGGUAAAAAGAACAGUUAUUUUACAUUUACAUCACAAAUGAAUACCUUUUGGUGCAAAUACAAAUUUUAUUUACCUUAUAGCUUAUACCUGUACAAGAAACUAACAUGUAAUGUUCACCCCACAUGCAAUGAACUAAUUAUUGACAUUCAAAUUUCCCAGUGUAAUUGUUUAAUAUUAUAUAAAGUAAUAGUAAACCAAAUUAAUGUAGCAUUGCACUAACUGAAGAAUUGAUCAUUCAUAAACUGUAUAUUGGUUAAUAUUUUUAAUGCUCACAACACCCAGCUAUGAAUAGGUACAUUUCACUGAUGCAAAGACUCAGAAUAUCAUAUAAUUGAUGUUUCAUUCGAUGUCACUGCUAAAUUUAAGACCCUUGAGCAGCUUGGCCUGUGAUAGUUCUUUGCAAUGAUACCAAGUUGGACUUGAUAAGGAGAAUAACCAGAUAACAUGGAAUCCAGGUUGAAAUGUAAAGUUAACUGAGAAUGUCUAUUGUAUUGAUGUUUUCUUGGCAGUAUCACCUAUAUUUUGAAGUCUUAUACUAAGCAAUACAUCAAUUUUGUAAAUAUUAUCAAAUUGGUGUGCCUACAGUCAUACAUCAGCUCUUCUCCUUGGACAUGUACAUAGACUCAUCAGUAUUGUUUUAACAUCUGUUUUUCUAUGCUUGCACAAAUCACACAGAAUUCAUUGAGACAAAUUUUCUAUGGCCAGAUGCCCUUCCUGUUGCCAACCCUUGCUUACAAUUAUCAUGUGAUGUCAAGAUGAGGAAGCACAAACAUUGUGGAUUCUUCUGUUGGCUUCAAUGCAUGAAGGUCUAAUGGUAUUAUAGUUGUUAGACCUUCAUAUGCAUACAUAGCAAGCUUCUUUCAUUUUGUCUAUGAAAUCCACUUCUUCAGUUGGCUCAGGGUUAUAGUAGAAGACAAUUGCUCAAGGUGUCACACACUGGGACUAAACCCAAAAUUACACCUGGAAAGUAAACUUCUUAACCACACAACUAAUGAGACAUCCUAUUUAUGCAAUAACAUACCAAAAUAAAGCUGACUGUUCAUCAGUAGACAGUCACUUUAAUAGCUUGACUGGCAA